AUGCCUGAGCUUCUGCCCGAACCUUGCACGGUGGCCCUGCGAGGAAGUAGUUCCCACCCAGCACAGUUCAUUCAUACUCAACGGUUCAUUCACUUUAUUCACAUUCAACGUUUCGAUCACUUCACACUCGACGGCUCAUUCACUUCAAUCAAUCAUUGCAUCAAACACCUCAUUCACCUAGGUGCCUUCGCAAUGGAGGAUCUGGCUUGGAAGGAAACUCGGCCCGGUCGCUGGGAGCGUCCUCAGAGCUACCUAGAGAAGAUGAACAUCCUCACUCGCAACGUCCCGAAAGCUGCGGGCCGCGACAACUGGGCUAAGAAUGCCGUCGCGAGGCUCGGAUUUCAUCCAUCGGUGGAAGACCCUGCUGCCUAUCUCCGAACUGCAUGGAAACAAGUUCGAUACAAUCAUCCUGAGAUUGCGGCUUUUCCAUACAACGGCAACUAUGUAUAUCGCGUUGGAGACGCGACAUCGAUCGCGCUUUGGGUGUCAGCCACCUUUUCAGUUGUCGAAGACAAAUCAGUAGACGAACUGUUGGGUCGCAUCCCAAGAAAUGAGCAGAUGCAGUGUUACUUCCUCCCCGAGAAUGGCGAUGUUUUGAUUUGGUCUCCUCACUAUCGCGUCGACGCUCGAGGUGCCAUCUUCUGCCUGAACCAUCUGAUAGAAUCGCUAGUCAACAUGGACCCCAACCUUGUCUUUGGUGGAUGUGCAAAGAACUUGACCCCAAGUAUGGAAGCCACUCUAGGCAUCAACAACAAAUCUACCCCGGAAGCCGAAGCUGCGGUGAAGAAACGUUUAGACGCCUUGAAACCCCACAGACCAGUCCUGGACAUGGCCCCAAAGAUCUCGUCUACGAAACCCGGAUACACAAAACGACACGUCAUUAAAUUCUCCAGAAGCGAUACUAACUUGGUCGUCUCUAGCUGCGCCGUCGCAUCGCUCGCCAUGGUCGUGGUGUUGCACUCUGCUCUCAUCAAUUCAGUCGCCAAACUUGUGCCCACUACUGAAUCCCGAAGUUUCAUGGCCUCCUUCCACUCCAAUCUGCGCGUUCUCAUCCCCGAAGGCACGGCGCCAAAACACUCACCAACAAGUUACACUAGCAUCAUUACCACUGAGCUCAAGGUCUCACCAAAGACCAAUUUCGGAUCUUACUACACUGAACUUGCUCCUGUCUAUGCCAAAGGCUACGCACCGUUCCUGCAGUCAUCAAGGCUUUUCCACGAACGCCUUGGUGAGACAUUGUAUGGGCAGGACCCACCCAAGGGAGAGACGGACAACCAGCUUCAGCCGCGUUUCGCAUACUUGGGCGUUGUCAACGAACAAGUCACAAAGCACGUUGGAGAAGGGCUCGUAGAAGUCAAGGACUUUUGGCUCGGUGCUGAGACCUUGUCCAUGCAGAUGAUGGUUCACACUUGGAUCUGGGACGGCGAACUUAAUCUAAGUGUCACUUUCAAUGAGAGCUAUUGGGACAAGGCUACGGCAGUGGCGCUGCUGCAAGGAAUGCAAGAUACUUUGAUGGAAUUGGCGCGUGGUCCGAAGCAAAUGGUACCGAGCGCACGCAAAUUUCCUUCUCUUACGAAGAUGAUGAGUGCAGUAGCGUUAUAA